AUGGAAGACAAAGAUUAUGUUGAUGGGAAUUACGGUCCGUUAUUCAUUCGAAUGGGUUGGCUUGCGAGCGGCACAUACUCCCAGAAUGAUUCAACCGGUGGCUCCAAUGGUGGAUGUAUUCGCUUUGAACCCCAAAGUACUUGGCCAGUCAAUAAUGGUUUGGAUAUAGCACGAGAUCGUCUAGAAAGUGUUUAUCGUGAUUAUCCUGGCUUAACCUACGCCGACUUGUACACACUAGCUGCUGCUGUGGCCGUCGAAAAAAUGGGCGGUCCGACCAUCAAAUGGCGACAGGGACGAGUUGACUUUAAAAAUGGAAAAGAUUCACCGCC